AUGUUUUCAGCAUUGAAAAAGCUGGUUGGAUCUGAGCCGGGCCAGCUCAGGGACAAGAACAUUCCUGCUGGCCUGCAGUCCAUGAACCAAAGUUUGCAACGACGCUUUGCUAAAGGGGUCCAAUAUAAUAUGAAAAUCGUCAUUCGCGGCGAUAGAAACACUGGAAAGAGUACUUUAUGGUAUAGGCUUCAGGGGAAAAAGUUUGUGGAAGAGUACAUACCCACCCAGGAAAUCCAAGCUACAAGUAUCCAUUGGAAUUACAAAACUACUGAUGAUGUGGUCAAGGUCGAGGUGUGGGACGUGGUUGACAAAGGCCAAAAAUAUCCUCUUCCUGAUGGUGUAGGCAAAGGCAAAAAGCGUGGUGACAAUUUGAAACUAGAGAAUGAGCCGCAAGAGUCAGACGAGGUGGCCCUUGAUGCAGAGUUUUUAGAUGUGUACAAAAAUUGCAAUGGCGUAAUCAUGAUGUUUGACAUUACCAAGCAGUGGACAUUUAACUACAUCUUAAGGGAACUUCCUAAAGUGCCCACUCAUGUACCAGUCUGUGUGCUGGGAAACCACAGAGACAUGGGUGAACAUCGAGUCAUCCUGCCUGAUGACAUAAGGGAGCUGAUUGCUGGAUUAAACAGACCAGCGGGAUCAUCUUACAUCCACUAUGCUGAAUCCUCUAUGAAGAAUGGCUUUGGCUUAAAAUACCUGCAUAGAUUUUUCAACAUCCCCUUUUUACAACUACAGAGAGAGACCCUUUUGAGGCAACUGGAGACAAACCAGCUGGACAUGGAUGCCACGCUAGAAGAGCUUUGUGUGCAGCAAGAGACAGAAGAUCAGAAUUAUGAAAUUUUCCUGGAGAACCUAGAGUCCCGUAAUAAGGGCUACGGUUCACCUGGUCCAGCCAACGGUCAGAGUCCCUCCUCGGGCUCUCAGUCCCCUAUUGUUCCUCCCAGUGGGGCCUCCACUGGAAGUUCCAGCCCCAGCACACCUCAACCGCCAAUCCCUUCCCAGCCACUCCCACAGUCGCCCUCUGUAUCGGCUCCCACUGCUCCUGCUGUCGGUGCAGCUGUCGGCAGAGCAGCCUCGCCUUCGGCUGAAUUAAAGUUUUCAGCUCAAUCACCAGAGCACCUUCAGUCAUCCGUCACACCAGUAUCAGCCCCCCAGAAACGCAGCUUCAUGUCUCGAUGGUUUGGCUCGUCACCUGUCCCUGAAGCUUCUGUGAGUUCAUCAGAGGAACUUCCUGCACCAGUGUGUCCUACUCAGGUACGAAGUGUGGAUGAUUUUGUGCCAGAUGAUAGACUGGACAAGAGUUUCCUAGAGGACAGUUUGCCCUCCAAAACAAAGGUGUCGCAGCCAACACCAGCAGCGGACAGUGACAGUGAUUUUGAAGACAGAGGAAACCCCAUGGUGUCUGGUUUCCAGGAUGAGCUUGAUCCUGAUGACACAGAACCGACUCUACCACAGCCUAAAAUGCUGCCUCCCAGUAAAGAUAUCUGUCUGACCAGUGAUGAGGACGAGCAAACACUAGUAGCACCUUCGGUGAAAAAUGACCAGGAUAUGGAUAGUGAACCUGAACUGAAAAACUAUAUCACUAAACCAAAAGUUGCAUCUAAAGCGUCAGAUCCCAGAGACCAGUCUGCAGCUCCCAUCCUCCUCACUUUAAUUCCAACCGUAGAGCAGCCCACCCAGCAGCAAGUAAAAAAGAAAGGUGUCGCAGCCAUAACUGGGGACUCCGAUACUGACCCUGAGGGCCCUGUGGCCCAACAGAUGCUCUCUUUUGUUAUGGAUGACCCUGACUUUGAGUCUGAAGCAUCAGACACACCAAAAAUAAUAAAGAGUACAUUCCCUGCCAGGGAUGAACUUCUAUCUGACCUCUCAGACGAUGACAUUCAGUCAGUCAAGGCACCAAAACCUGUGAAUCCCACUGUGAUCUCAUUUAAACAAAAGGAUGUUUCUGACCUUUUUGGCCUUGGCAUCCAAGAACCCUCAGCAACCAAAGAGAGCAGCGAGGAGCAAGAAGAGAAAGAAUGCAAACACUCCUCUAAAGACAAGAAGAAGAAAAAGAAGAAAAGUAAAGAGGAGGAAGAAAAGAAUAGGAAGAAACAUUCAAGUAAACACAAGAAAAAAGAAAAAGAUGAAGCUGUUGACGAUAAAGAGAAAAAGAAGAAAAAAUCGAGGACCAAGAAAACAGAGGUGGAUGAGCUGGAAGACUUUUUAGGAGGAUCCACAAAAAGAGAUGAUGGCGAUUAUGAAGAACUAUAA